AUGACUAAUUUAAAUCAAAGAAUGAAAAAAUUGGAAAUCUUGAAGAAAAGUCUUAAAAUUUUCACUCACCAUUCUGAUGUGUGUUUUCUAGAUUGCUUUGGACUCAACAACUCCGGAUCAACUUGCUUUGAAGUGUUAAUGGGAUUAGGCAUGUCUAAUGUCGUAACAGCUGUGUUAAAGCUUUGCUCAUCAGUUGAAUAUGUUGCCAUUCCCAAAGGGGCUCGAUUGUAG